UUUUUUUUUCUUUUUCUGUCAAAUGAUACCAGAACAUCCGUAGUUUAUAUGUCUAUAGUCUCUGUUGAUGAAAUAUUUGCUGAUGAUCCUGUUGGAGAAACAAAUACUUGUCUGGAUCAAAAAUUGUGUUUUAUGGAAACAGCUUAAUAUAAAUUAUGUUCCAUGGUUUCUGCCCUCUUUAAGAGCCUGAUCUCAUCUUGCAUAUAUAAGAUUUGCAAAGGAAUGUUUACAAAGAAAUCGGGAAAUAGUACAAAAAGGAAAGAGAGUUGUCAGAGCAAAAAGGAACAAGACUUAACUCAGAUUGGACAAACAAAGAAUCCAAAAUUUUCGAAUACUUUAAAAAGCACUGUUAAAAAGAUCGCCAAAUGUCCAUCUGCUCGCAACUUAUCAACUGAAGAAGAGGAAAGUAAUAGAGAAUUUUCACUUUCUCCAACAUUCAGUUACAGAGUUGCUAUUGCCAAUGGACUGCAAAAGCAUAUUUUUGUAACAAACACCGAUAAUGAAGAUGUAGUUCAAGAUCUGUCUUCAAAUGAUAGUUCAUAUUCUGAGUCAUUAAGUGAAGUAAAAAGUACUAGCAAGAAAAACGAAUACUUAUCACACACAAUGCCUGUGAGACGCAACAGAAAAAGCUUAAGCAGCCUUGCACCAUCUGAUGGAAGUUCAGAUGGAGAACGCACUUUACACACACUGAAGCUGGGAGCUUUACGAAAACUAAGGAAAUGGAAGAAGAGCCAAGAAUGUGUAUCAUCAGACUCGGAACUAAGCACAUGGAAGAAAACAUGGGGCUUGAGAAGUAAAUCUCUAGACAGAACUGGCCGUCACCAGAAGUCGAAUACUCUUGAACCUGGCUUUAGUUCGACAGGUUGUAUUAGUCAAACCCAUGAUGUUAUGGAAAUGAUCUUUAAAGAGCUUCAGGGAAUAAGUCAAAUUGAAACAGAACUCUCUGAAUUAAGAGGGCAUGUUAAUGCUCUGAAACAAUCAAUUGAUGAAAUUUCUAGUAGUGUAGAAGUUGUACAAAAUGAAAUUGAACAAUUGCGAACUGGGUUUGUACAGUCCAGAAGAGAAACUCGGGACAUACAUGACUACAUUAAGCAGAUAGGCCAUCCAGGAAACAAAGCAAGUCUUAGGUUUCUAAAUGUGCCUGAAGAGAGGCUUGAAAAAACUGAAAGCAUAGUUUACAAAAUAUUAAUAGAGAAAAUGGGGUUCUCAGAGGCACAAAGCACUAUUAAAAUUGAGUUUGCCCAAAGACUGGGGCAACAAAGAGACUGUCCAAAUGCAAAGCCAAGACCCAUUCUUGUUUACUUUGAGUCAUCACAACAGAGAGAUUUGAUUUUAAAAAAGUCUUAUAAACUUAAGGGAACUGGCAUUGGAAUUUCUACAGAUAUAUUUUCCCAUGACAUAAAAGACAAAAAAGAAAGAGGACUACCUUCCUCUCAGACGUAUGAGAGUAUGGAUAUGAAGCUUUUAACUGUGGAGACAAAAAUUAAAAUGCAUGACUGGGAGUCACCGGACAGCGAUAAAGACUUGGAAUCAGAUAUAAAUAAGAACAGUUAUGCAAAGAUAUCUAAACCAGCACUUCCAAUAAAAAGAAGCACUACGAAGGGGAGUAUUGAGUCCUUAAAUACUAAAGACCUAAAUAGAACUGCUGACAAUAACACCUUUUCAAACAGAUGUUAUGGCCAUCAGUCACCAGAAUUUGACAACAUGGAAAAACAAUCAAAGACCUAUUAUUCAGACAUGACUCCUCUAUGGCAUUUACAGAAUGACUUUGCAACACCAAAACUUAGCCGUUCAGAGUCAGAUUUCUCAAAAUUGUGUCAGUCUUACUCUGAGGAUUUUUCAGAAAAUCAGUAUUUUAGCAGAACAAAUGGCAGUUCGCUAUUGUCUUCCUCUGAUCGAGAACUUUGGCGGCGAAGGCAAGAUGAUUCUACAAACUGGUAUGGCAGUUCCCAGGAACAGACUUUUGUCCAAGAUAUGCAACAGUGUCCAGCCCAAAAUGAAGUAGAGAACACGGAAACUGUUGAUAGUGGAGUAAGCAAUGGAAUAAUAUGUGCAUCUGGAGACAGAAAUGACUAUAGUGAUUCUCAGCUUUCUUUACAUGAUGAUCUUUCCCCAUGGAAAGAUUGGAAUCAGUUGGAACAAGGGGAAGAUUUGGGCCUAGACUCAUCCACACAGGAAGUUUUUGUGUAUGAUGUGAGCAGCCCUUCAGAUCAACAGAUAGAUUUUGGAAAGUGCCAAAGUUCUGAUCUCCAGUAUGAUACUGAAAGCUAUGAUUUUACCCUUGAUGGAACUUCUCCAUCGUGUCCAGGACUUGAUAGUGAAUCACAAAGUCAGCGGACGGGUCAAUACGAUGAUUAUCAGGAAACAAAUUCUAUCUCCUCUUAUCAGAAUCAAAACAGGUUGCCUAUGAUGUACCGAAGUCAGAGUGAACUACCGAGCGAUGACUCAGAAGAAACAGCCCCUAAAUCGUGGCAUAGCCGGUUAAGCAUAGAUCUUUCUGAUAAGACUUUCAGCUUUCCUAAAUUUGGAUCUACACUUCAACGCGCUAAGUCAGCGUUAGAAGUAGUCUGGAAUAAAAGUACACAAAGUUUAAGUGGGUAUGAAGACAGUGGAUCAUCUUUCAUGGGAAGGUUUAGAACUUUAUCUCAGUCUACUGCAAAUGAAUCAAGUACAACACUCGAUUCUGAUGUUUAUGCUGAGCCUUAUUGCUACAAAGCAGAGUAUGAGGAAGACUUAAUUGAACCUCCUGGUGAGAAUGAAACGGACUAUGUAGAAGUAAUGGAACAAGUCCUUGCUAAACUAGAAAAUAGAACUAAUAGUAGUGAAACUAGUGAGCAGGUCCAAGAAUAUGAACUGGGGCAGCCUUCGUAUGAAACUCUAUAUGCAAUACUACCAGAGGAGCAAUAUGACACACAGUUUGACAGUGUGGUCAGUGAAGAGAUAUUGGAAGUUGAAAGUGACAUGGCUGCUGACAUAGAAGUAAGGGAAGAUGAAAAUCAGAACGUCCCAGAGAUGCUUACUGAAACUCCAAAGAAAAAAAGAAUACGACCAUCAUUUAAAGAAGCUGCUUUAAAAGCAUACAAGAAACAAAUGAAUGAUUUGGAAGAGAAGAUCUUUGCUGGAG